AUGCCUAAGCCGAUUAAGAUGGAGGAAAUUCAAUCUACGAAGCAUAUAUUCCUUAAGGAAUCACGAAGCCUGGACCAGAUGCUACUCAUGAACACCGUUCAAAUUUUAUCAGGUGGACGAUUAUGCCCUUUUGUUAAUACCAUUGACACCAAAUUCAAAAGAGUUGCAAUUAAGAUACGAGAGUUAGCUUCAGAGGAGUUGGAAAUAUGGAUCCGGUGGAUUUGGAAAAUGCUAAGACACGGGAUGAAAGGAAGAAUAUCGAGUAUAUUUGAAGUAGACUCAAUUUCACACUUCCUUCAAAUAAGACUAAAUUUGAAGUGGAUAUUGAUGGGUUUGAGGAAAAGCCAUGGAGACUUUAAGAUAUUGAUUUAUCCUACUUUUCCAACUUUGCCAUCAGGAGAAAAAGACGAGCUUUCUGCAUUAGGUAUCAAUCAAACGAGAUAA